GACUGCGUGGUAUGACUAGUUCUGUCUGGUGCUUGGUGUCGUUAACUUCGCCCUGGUGUUGGCUCUCCGUCUUCCUCGUUUACGUAGUGCACGUCAAGUUUGUAAUGCCAGGAAGGCUUUGCCAAGGAGUAGCUUAGUGGAUACCUAAUACUGAUGAAUCUUCAAGGAAACUAGCGGACAUUGACCGAUAUGUGGAGCCCAACGCACGUCCAAGUGACAGAUUCUGUUUCCUUGAAGAUUAUUUAACGGAUCUCUAGAUAUCUUGACAAUAUCUUGACACUGGAGUUACGCAUUUAGAAUCGGAACAUCAUCAUGUGCCAAGUCGUGAUUUUGUCCUACUGCCAGACUGUACAGUCAUCGAAAAGAUUGUUGAUACUUUGUAGAAGUUCUUGUCCAAAGAGCCAAGGGACUGCUUACAAAAGGAAAAAAUAAGACCAACGAUUGCUUCGUUACCAUCGCCUUGGGCAAGGAAAAAUAUCAGACAUCAGUGAAAGAAAAAGCAGUUGAGAAUGUGGAGUGGCACGAGGAGUGCGAACUUCAAAUACCUCAACAAGGAAAUACAGCGGAAAUUGUUCUCACUGCGCUUCAUCGAAAUUUCAUUGGAGUUGAUGAGUUCCUUGGCAUGAUAGCGAUACCACUGUCGAGUUUUGAUGUGUAUGAGAGACCGAAGAACAGAUGGUAUACGCUUGGUAGUAAACCUGGGAAAGGAAAUACAAAGGAACGUGGAGAAUUGGAAGUUAAAAUUGGUUUUAUAGUCAAAGCUGGAAGUUUAACGGAUUUGACUAGAAAGGAAAAGCACAAAAGCUCUCUAGGUCAAUUGUCAACUGCGGCUCAGUCCAUUGGUGGAAGUCUGCUUAGUAUCGGUAGCUUAGAAAAGCGUAAAGGAUUGAAAAAGUUUGCUAAAUCCAUUGGAAAUAAAGUCAAAGGAAAGAGUAAAAGUAGACUGGAUAAAGAUGGCCUUGACGAAAAAGAAGAGCAUCACAUCCAACCAUCACGGCAGGAACCUGGAGAGGCUGAUCCAGGUGUCAUCAGUGAAGACGAAGAUGAAUUUACAUUUGAUGACUUGUCACACAAAAGUUCAGCGUCUUCCUUGAAUGCACCAACUGCUAAUAAUGCCAAUAGCCAACCUGUUGCCAAUACGAUUUCAUCAUCUGUAUCAAGUCAUACUUUAGACAGUCAAACACCUCCUCCGGUUCCCACAAAUUCAGCUCCAAAUAAACCACCUCGAUUUGCCAUGCCGUCUGCGAAUACUCUUCCAAGGACUAUGGAACAUCAGGAAGAUGAAUGGGGCCAAAAGUUAUAUGGAAAACAAGGGAGCAAUACUCUAAAACGAUGGGAAGAUAAACCAAGACCAAGAAUUGUGCUUGACGAAGUUAAAGGUGAAUACGACACUACACCAUCUCCACCUACGCCAUCUUCUAUUAUAAGAUCCAGGGAUACUCCGGAGCCUCCAAGUCCUGCACCUAGAGAAAUAAUAUUUCCAAAGAACAACAAAGAUGACAGAAUAAAAGAUAAGAAGGAGGAAAAAAUAAUGAGAAGUCCAAAGGAGGAAAAACUCUCAAAGAAAGAUAAGAAAAAAGAAAAAGAACAAAAGUUGAAAGAAAGUCGAGAUGAAGGACAUUCAUCUUCGGAGAGGAUCAUAAUAGGAGAGGACUCUGCUAAAUCUGGAUCCAAUUCGAGAAGUCGACUUCCCCAUGAAAUUUUAGCUCAGUUCGAAGGAAAAUCCAGAGAAGAUCUGAUUGAACUGGCUUUACAUCUUCAAUCUGAAGUGACAGACAAAAAAAAGCGUCUCGCAGAUUUAGAAGAAUAUAUAGACGCCUUGUUAUUGCGUGUAAUUGAAAGUUCACCACGAUUACUGCAAAAUCCAUAUCAGUCACAAAGACGUUUAUCUUCUCCGGGACAUCAAUAGAUGAUAUUUUUUUAACUGACACUUGACAAAUUUCAUUUCAGCAUAAUCGGACGUACCAAUGUGAAUAAAACUCGCGAUUUUUUUAUUAGUGAUUCUUCCACGAGAAAACUCGAUAUUACUGAAUAACAUUAGUUACAAUCCUGUAUUCUGAUUCGUUUAAUCCGCUUUCUCAUGCCAAUCAAACCGAGUCCGCUUAAUACCUCGCGGUUUCUAUGCAAAUAUUAAUACAAGGUGAUUACAUAUUUUGAAAUGAAAUGGUGGCUUAGAUUUUGUAUAGCAUUUACAUUAUAAGAUCAUUGGGGGAUAAGAUAAUCGAUUUCUCUUAUAGAGAUUAAUUGCUACCAAAAGAAAAAUGAAAAAGAUUACAACAGCCUGUCUUCCUGCAAUAACUCAUAUCAAUCAAGCCAGACAAUUUCUUGUCUUUGGAAAAACUUUUGUAUUUCCGUCCAUUCUCCUGUUCCAAAGAUCUAAAUUAUGAUCAAUGAGAGCGAGUACGUGCCUUGAAUAUGUAGGUACACAUUAGUAGAGUUAUUCAGGAUUAUUGCAUCACCUAAAGAUGGUUCUAUCCAUUUGAUUUUUAUUAUUACUCGUACUAAAAAACCAUCUUGAAAUAGUACACAGAUCCUGAAUAACAGUUUGUAUAAUGACAGACAUACCACAUAAACUAAGUCUACACAGAAAAGUAUAUGCAUGUUUUGACUUUUUAUCAUUCGCCGCGAAAUAUUAAUAUACAAUGUACUCAUAACGGUAGAAAGUAUUAUUGUGACUCAUAAGUGAUUCAUUAAAACUUAUUUAUUCUAUUUUGUGA